AGUGCUCCUCUCCCCUUCUGCAGGUGGAAAUGUGCUGCUGCUGAGGUUAUCUGUUUCCUCAGUGCCCCAUCCUGCAGGUUCCAAAAUAUAACCCCACAGUAAUUCCCCACCAGGGCAGGAAAAUUUCUCAGGGUUGUGCAUCAGCCUUUGGCUACCCAUGCCACCAGCAGCCAGUCUGUGAGAGAGCAAAGGCUUGCUUUCUUGGUGCUCUGGGCCAGCCAUUAUGCUCUGCCCACUGCCCUCACCGCAGAAUCAUUUGAGUUGGGCCGGACCCUUAAAGGCCAUCUGGUUCAACUCCCCUGCAAUGAACAGGGACACUUACAGCUAGGUGACGGCACUCAGAGCCCCUCCAGCCUGACCAUGGGGCUCUUACCCUGGGAUCUGGUUCUCACAUGCCACAGCCCAGCAGCUGGGCUUUAAAUUUGAGGCCAUAAACAGAGCAGGUGACAGAAACCUGUAAUUCCUCUCCAUUGUGCAUGAUUUUCACACAGCAGAGAACACACAGACAGCUGACAGCUCUGGAUUUGUUCCUCCAAGCUGUGCAGGAGUGGCGGUGAUUUAGUGCUCAUGCAGGCACACGUGGCUCCUGGGCAUCUCAGCAUGGCUUUAUUUGAAUCAAGAUGUGCGUCCUUCUAUCGUCCCUAUGCUGAUCUGAGUGUGAUGCAGGUGUGACCGUAUCUGACUCAAACCAGAGCAAUGACUGUAUGGCUGAAGGAGGCUGGUAUGGAGACCAGGGUCCAUCUGCAGAACAAGCUGCAUUCAAGCUAGGCUCCACGGCCACUCAAAAGUAGGAGAUGAGCUCCUGUUUUUAAAUGUGACAGCAUUGAGAGCUCAAUGGAAUGUUUGCUUGGACUCUCUCACUGCAUCAAGGCCAAGCUCUGCAGCAGGCUGCACAGCACCAGGAGCCGCAGCGCCAGGAAGGCACAUGAGUCAGGCUGGAAAUGAAUAGCACAGCCAUCACUGACUGCAGGAGGUGUGGUAGUGCUUUAUUCCUAGGCAAACCCUCCAGCUUGUAUUUCUUCAACGUGUAGGGCUGGUUUGUGGCUCUUAAUGACUUUUGGACCAGAAAGCGGAAGACUUUUUUUUCUCAGUGGGACGCAAAGGGUUCCACUGUCGGAGAGGGAGAGAUGCCAGGGGGCUGGAAUGCCUCCUCUGACAGCCCGGAACUGCCAGCUGCAGGGAUCAUCGUGCCUGUCAUCUUCUCCCUUAUCUUUCUUCUGGGCACUGUGGGGAACGGACUGGUGCUGGCUGUGCUGCUGAGGAAUGGCCAAGUGAAGUACAACACCACCAAUCUCUUCAUCCUCAACCUGGCCGUGGCUGACCUCUGUUUCAUCAUUUGCUGUGUCCCCUUCCAAGCCACCAUUUACACCCUGGAUGGGUGGCUCUUUGGGGCCUUUGCCUGCAAGGCUGUGCAUUUCCUGAUCUACCUCACCAUGUAUGCCAGCAGCUUCACCCUGGCUACAGUCUCCAUUGACAGGUACCUGGCCAUUCGCUAUCCACUGAAGUCCCGGGAUCUCCGCACUACCCAAAAUGCAGGAGUGGCCAUUGUAGUGAUUUGGUUGCUAUCACUACUCUUUGCAGGGCCUUACCUCAGUUACUACCAGAUUGUCCAUUACCAUGGGGUGCCCAUCUGCGUCCCUGUCUGGGAGGACCAACGCCGAAAGAUUCUGGACAUCCUUACGUUUGUAGUUGGAUACCUCUUACCUGUGACUGUAGUGAGCCUGGCAUACGCCAGGACCAUCAAGUUCCUGUGGACCUCUGUAGACCCUAUAGAGAGGAUCUCAGAGUCCCGAAAGGCCAAGCGUAAGGUCACCAAGAUGAUCGUGGCUGUGGCCAUCCUGUUCUGCCUCUGCUGGCUUCCACACCAUCUGGUUAUCCUGUGCUUCUGGUUUGGCCACUUCCCUUUCAACCGAGCCACUUAUGCCUGCCGCCUGGCUUCCCACUGCCUUUCGUAUGCUAAUUCCUGCCUCAACCCUAUCGUCUAUGCGCUUGUUUCCAAGCAUUUCCGAAAGCGUUUCAAGCAGGUCUUCACCUGCCUGUUCUUCCAGAACAAGAACAGGAAGAAGAGAACUGGAAAUAAAGUUCAUAUGGUCGCUGUGGGCAAAGGUUUCACUAACAGCACUGGAGGCUUCUAUGGAGGCAACACUGAGCUGACUCAGAUCGCAAAGGAGAACAAUAGGAAGAGGGACACUGAAGGCGCCAGACAUGCCAGAGCAUGGACUCACCAGCUACAAGAAGUUCAGAAGGAGCUGCUGGAGGAGGAAAUCUUGGUAACAGCUGGCCAUCCCCUAGCCAAGAACACUCCAAGAAGGCCUCAAGAGUGUCUGGCUGCUGAUUACAAAUGAGCAAAUGCAUCUCGGAAUGGCACAAUCCACCACAUCAGUGCAGAGCACAGGGACGUGUUAAUGUGAUGACAUUUCUCAUGGUCUGGGGGCAGUCCAAGUCCACCUCCCCUUCUGUGGCUCCUGUAUCCAGAUCAAAGAGGGCCAUUGCACUUUACUGCGCUGAGUCUGCACCAACAGCUUGGUUGUACAACCUCUGCAGAACUCACUGGUCAUACCUCAAUGGUAUCACCCUGCCACAGCAGGUGAACAACUGAAAGGCUGUUGCGCCCUCCCUGUGUACCCAUGGCUUCUUUGCAGCUCAAAAGGGAAAGGACCAUCAGUCUGGUCUCUUCCCCUGGCUCAGCCCUUCCAGAAAGUACUUAAUGGAAGAGGUUUCCUUGCGCUCUGCCCUGCUUAGCCUCUGAUCUUGCAAGCAGAUACUGCAGGACACUGUCCACUUCCUUGUGCUGCUUGCAGUUCUGAAAUAUUUCUUGGCAGUUAUCCUCAGUUCUUCCCAAGCAACCCUCACAAAUCCUCCUCCCACCAUGUUGUUCCAUCUGAUUAAUCUCUGCUUUAUUUCUGUUCGCCUUUUGGAAAUUCCUGAAGGACCGCUGCCUCUUCAUUGUUCUUUAUGUAGAGUUUCAUCCCUUCCUUCAGGGGUUGUUGCUCUCUGAGCGGUGAUGUAACUCGGCAGUAUUAGCCCUGUCUGUGUGCUUUACCAACUUAGCAAGAUAUUAUUUUCCAUGAAAUGAAAAUCAUGAUUGCACUUGUGUGCACUUGGCUCAAUCUUAAAUCCUCUCUGUUCUUUUCUGUGUGGUGGGGAGAGCUUCCAGGAGGGUGCAAUGCCACCACCACUCAAAGGGCUGGAACAUCUUCCGCAGCAUUCCUCACUGCAGGAUUGCUGUGGGUCUGAUGUGCUCCUGGGAGCACAGUUUCCCAUUUGUUGUUCCUCGUUGCCCUCCUUGUCUCGAACAGCUGUAGAAGAGCCUUUGGUUGCAAUAGAUGCUGAAUGACCCCCUGUAGUAGAGUGGAGUGUCUUUCCAAACCUGACCAUGGGAAAAAUGGGAAUUGCUUUGGGGAUGGGGGAGGGCAAGAAAUAAGGUUCACAGAGGGUGCUGGAAUUUCUCCCUUUCCUAACCUGAAUAAAGCCCAGCAAUUUCCU